UGGUUCAUGAUGUUCAUUAUUCAGUAAUCAGUAACUUGACAAUUGAAAGUAGGUAAUCAAAGGCUUGCAAAAUGUUCAUUACUUUGUAUAUGCUUUUUAUGUCUCUACAAAUGCUUUUACAGCCAAUUCAAGGUUGGACACCAGUUAAUAUGGGUAACUGUUUAAGUACUCAUAAUUACUUGAGACGUCUUCAUGGAUCACCACCGCUGCAUUGGGAUCAUAAUCUGUACAGAUUCGCUCGCAAACGAGCUGAACAUAUGGCAGCAACUGACAUAUUCGCCCAUCCUCGACACUUGCCUUAUGGUGAAAACUUGUAUUACGUUUGGGGUGCAGUUCCAUCUUGUAAGAGCGCAGUCGAUGCUUGGUAUAAUGAGAUCAGACACUUCAACUACAGAUGGCCAACAUUUUCACCAGCUACUGGCCAUUUCACGCAAGUUGUUUGGCGAGGCACACGAAGAGUUGGCUGUGCUGCUGCUCAAAGUCGUCGAACUCGACGAAUAUAUAUUGCAUGCAAUUACUGGCCUGCUGGUAACGUUCAGGGUCAUUUUCGUCACAACGUUCCUCAUCGUGGAUGAAGCAUCGAACAAAUGAUUGAAUAGCAAAAUUUUGCUCGAAAGCAAUCAUCAAAUAAUCAAAUCUUACGCAUUUUAUUAAUAUUCAUAUUUUAAGUUUUCCUUGAAAUAAUAAUCGUAUGUGCUCGCUAAAUUUUAAUGCAAUUAACAUAUUAAAACUAAUUAGAAAAUUAGA